GCCUUUGGUAUCGGUUUACUUUUACUAGUGAAGUAUUGGAAGUAAAGUAAUAUUUGUGAUAUUGAAAUAAAAAAAAAAGAGAACUAAACGAGUUUUCAAAUUAAAAUUAUUUAUUGAGAAAAAAAUAUAAAAAUAAACUUUUUGCUUUCACAUAUUUUUAAAUUUACUUAACAUUAAAGUGCCACAUUUUCAUUAAAAAAUUGUAUUUACAUUUUACUGUAAAUAAGUAGCUAUCUUAGCCUAGUGUAUUGAAAAAGUUCAAAUUUUUUGAAUUAAAUUAAAGUGAGUGAAAGUUAAUUAAAAAUUAAUUAAAACAAAAAGCAAGUAAUAAAAUUUAAUUAUAAUAAAAUAAACUGUAUUUGAUAUAGAAUUGUGAUUUGAAUCAGUAAAAGAGACUUCUUAGCAGCACAUUAGAAAUGUAUCCAUACGGCUCGGGUCCACCACAGUCAAAUCAAUAUCAAUCACCAUAUACAAAUCAACAAAAUAAUGCCCCAUUUGGUGCCGGAAAUUGGGUUCAACCAAAUCAACAACAACAACAAAAUUAUUCAGGUCCAUCCUUUGGAAAUAAUCCUCCUUAUCCUACUAAUCCAAAUCAGAAUAAUUCAACAUUUCCCGGUUCAUCUCAAACAUCAUAUCAAUCACCCUACACUCCAUCACAAUCUCAAUAUCAAUCACCGUACACUUCAACACAAUCUGCAUAUCAAUCACCUUAUACUUCAUCUCAAUCUCAAUAUCAGUCACCUUAUAACACAAAUCAACACCCUUAUCCCCCAAAUCAGUCAUCCUCUCAACCCCCAUAUCCCACAAAUCAAAUAUCCUCUCAGACACCGUAUCCCUCAAAUCAGCCACCGUAUCCGCCAUCUCAAUUGCCUUAUCCUAACUCCUCAAAUCCUGACUCAAAUAAUCAAUCAGGCUAUCCACAUGGAAACAUGCCGGCAGCUCCUUUUGGGGCCGGAUUUUAUACGGGUGGCUCUAAUUCUAAUAUAAAUUCUGGGCAAUCGCCAUAUCCUACAGCUUUCCAAAGCCCAUAUCCAAAUUUAAACUCGAGCUCUACACAAAAUCCAGCCGGUAGUAGAUAUCCAAGUUCAUCUGUUCAAUCAAAUUAUCCAUCAACUCAGUAUCCAAGUCAAUCACAACCAAACUCUCAAUACCCAUCUACAAAUACACAUCAAAAUCCGAUGGCUGCUUCAAAUAUGGCUCAAUGCUUCUCAGAAAUGAGACAGUCAGUUUUAACAACAUCAGCUUCUCCAUUUAGUAGCAGCUCAAGAUUAAAGGGUACACCUACUGUUGUUCCGGCACAGAAUUUCGAUCCAGUCAAAGAUGCACAUGCAUUACGAAAAGCUAUGAAAGGAUUUGGCACUGAUGAAGAUGCCUUAAUUGCUAUAAUCUGUCAUCGUACUAAUGAACAACGUCAGGAAAUUCAAAGACAAUACAAAACUCACUUUGGGAAAGAUUUAAUUGAAGACAUACAAUCUGAAACAAGUGGAAACUUUGAGAAAUUAUUGGUUGGUCUAUUAACACCUAUUGUAGAUUUUUAUUGCAAUGAAUUAUGCGAUGCAAUGAAAGGAAUUGGUACCGAUGAAGAUGUUCUAAUUGAAAUAUUAUGUACAUUAUCAAACUCAGAAAUUCAUACGAUUAAAAAACAAUAUUUGCGAAUGUAUGGAGCACAUUUAGAAUCUGAAUUGAAAUCAGAAACUUCCGGAAAUUUCAAAAGAUUGUUAGUUUCAUUGUGCACUGCGCAUAGGGAUGAAAGCGGUCAUGUAGAUCAAGCUGCAGCUGCAAAUGAUGCACGUGAGCUUUUAAAAGCUGGUGAAUUGAGAGUUGGUACAGAUGAAAGUAUGUUUAAUAUGGUUCUAUGUCAAAGAAAUUAUCAGCAAUUAAAACUGAUUUUAAAUGAAUAUGAAAGUAUCACUGGCCAUUCAUUAGAAAAGGCAAUAAAACGUGAGUUUUCUGGAGAUAUUCAAGAAGGACUCUUAGCAAUAUGUAAAUGUGUAACAAAUAAAGCUGAAUACUUCGCAAGUCGUUUGCAUAAAAGCAUGGCUGGACUUGGUACAAAUGAUCGACAACUUAUUAGAGUUAUAAUAACAAGAUCCGAGAUUGAUAUGAAAGAUAUUAAAGUCACUUUUGAAAAAAUGUAUGGAAAGAGUCUUAAGAGCUGGAUUAAAGGAGAUACAUCUGGCGACUAUAAACACGCUUUGUAUGCUUUGAUAGGGGAACAAAGAUCAUCAUCAUAAAAUUGAAAAAAAUUUCCAAUUCCUUUCGUGUCCAAACAAUUUUUUUUAAAAUACAUAUGUAACAAUAAUAUGUGGAUAUUUUUUGUUUUUUUUUUUUUUUGUAUUUUUUAAGCAUAUUUUGUAAAGUAUUGUAGUCUUUUACAGAUUAAAAUUAGUAAUUGAAGAUUUUUCAUUUGUGUAGUUCUUUUAAUACUUAUUAAAUUUUUAUGUAAUAUUUAAAAUAGAAAAAUAGAUUUUAAUAUUUUUAAGGAAGACAAAAAAAGUAAAAAAUAAAAUUAUUAAAAAAAAAUUACAUUAUGUAUAUGUUUGUAUGUAUGUUAUUCGGCUAUUCUUAUUUAACAAAAAUUACUAUAAAACAUUAAUAUGAUAUUUUUAAAUUUAUUUUAUAAAUGUUGGUGUCCAAACAUAUAAUGUGUACAUAAAAUAGUAUUUAGAUUUGUAUGCAUGUAUAUUACUUUUAAAAUAAAUAAUUCC